CUUCCAGUGUCUGAAAGUGUUUUGCAUUCCCCAAGCACACAAACUCCAGCAAUGGCCCAAAACACUACUACAGAGCGCUUCUUGACCGGAAAUUCGAAAUGGCGUCCGACAUGGAAAACCCCAUUCACCAUGGAGCAGAUGAGAAAAUUCGGAGCAGGACCUGAAAAUCCUCUAAUGAUAGUCACGUGCAUGGAUCCUCGCUGUGAGCCAACGCAAUUCCUUGGAGGGGACCACAUAUUCGGUACAGUCAAGAACGCAGGUGGAAGGGCUACUUCAGACGCCAUCCGCAGUAUUUUGACUCUGCGAAGCUUGAACACCGUGAGUCAAGGGGGUACUGUGGCUGUCAUUCAUCACACCGAUUGCGGGAUGACGCAUUUGAAUGAAGAGGGCAUUCAUAAUGACAUCGAAAAGAGGACUCCGGCAGAGGCGUCGCGUGGGGGCGCGAUCGACUUUGGUACUUUUGGAGCUGAUGAGUUUGAAGAUGUUAUCAAAAAGGACGUACAGACUCUGAAAGACGAGAAGAUGCUACAAGGCAUGGAUAUUUUGGGCUUCGCGUUCAUUACCGAAACUGGGGAGCUGAAGCCUGUUGUGUAG